AACACUGAAUUUUAUUUUGCAUCUAAAUCAGACUUUGAAUUUUAAAAGCCAUCGAAUUUCUAGCACUGAAUUUGUUUUGCCUAUGACAUUUUUUUACAAUGUUUAAAAAAAAUCAACGUAAAAAAAUGUGAUUUCUCAAAAUAUUCAGUGUAAAAAAAUUCGGCAUCUCAAAGAUUCAGUGUAGAAAAAAUCAAUGUCUCAAAAAAUCCUGUUUAAAAAAAUUCGACAUCUCAAAAGAUUCAGAGUGAAAAAAUUCAAUGUCUCAAAAAAUUCAGUGCAAAAUAAUUCAACGUCUCAAAAAUUCAGUGUAAAAAUAUUCAGAGUCAACAUCCGGGUAACCAAGGAGAAGCAAUCAAUCCCUGUAUCAAAUCAUCCAACAUCCAGCCAAUCAAGUUACGCUCCAUUGGUCAUGUGACGCCGAAACAGGAAGGCGGUGAAGUUCAGGCGAGCUCCGGUCAGAUAGGUCAAUGGUCAGAGCAUGGCUCAGAACACAAGUGAUGGUGCUUCGGAACUCCUGCUUAAUCAUCUUAUAGAAAGACUUCGCUCUCGAUUGGAGCAUAUUCUGGGACGCAUGCCUCUGGAUCUGGACUUUUUAGAGUUCACUUGCACACAAGAACUUGUGUUUUUGAAUGCUGUAUCCAGUCAAGUAACGGUUUGUCCAGCUAUUUUAGAUUCACUGACACAUCUACACAGUCUUAUCAAUUUGGAGAAAGACAAAAGGGAGCAACACAUUGCAGUUGUGCAGUUUGAGCAAGGACCAGCUGGGCGACAACGAAUGGUCAUAUCCCCAGAGUACCUUAACAAACUUCUGGAACUUAAUCUGUCUGUUCCAUGUAUAGCUAAACUUUUGGGGAUGUCCAGGCGCACAGUAUACCGACGCAUGGCUGAGUAUGAUCUGUCAGUUAAGGCAUUAUACAGCACUAUUACUGAUGAAGAGUUAGAUCAGUGUGUGAGAGAGAUUAAGUCGAGGCAGCCUCACUCUGGAUAUCGUAUGAUGAAGGCCCUUCUACAAGCCAGAGGACUGAGGGUGCAGUAUAACCGUGUCAGAGCCUCCAUGCACCGUGUUGAUACCACUGGUGUCAUAAGCCGUAUGGUCCACGUAGGAUGUAUUGCUCGACGGACCUACUCGGUUCCAGGACCCCAGUCUUUGAUGCACAUAGAUACUAACCAUAAAUUGAUUCGCUACAACAUUGUUGUCUUUGGUGGUAUUGACGGUUUUUCCCGUAAGAUAAUGUAUCUUGGUGCAGCCUCCAACAACCUUGCAUCAACCACCCUGGCUUUCUUCCUACAAUCUGUUGAGAAGUUUGGGUUUCCUCUCAGGGUUCGUGCUGAUCAGGGAGUGGAAAAUGUCGACGUUGCACGCUUCAUGUUCACAGUCCGUGGCACAGGAAACAGCAGCUUUAUAUCCGGGAAGAGCGUUCACAACCAAAGGAUUGAGCGGCUGUGGAGAGACCUGUGGGCAGCUGUAACAUGUAUCUACUAUGAUGUUCUCCACUACCUGGAAGAAGAGGGCUUCCUCAGCAUUGCCAAUGAAACACACCUCUUCUGCUGUCACUUUGUGUUUCUCCCACGCCUGCAGGAUGACCUAGAUACUUUUCGCAACGGUUGGGACAAUCAUCCGCUGAGAACAGAAAGCAACAUGACCCCUAACCAGCUGUGGGAGCUGGGUCGUACACAUUACCCAAUUCCAGGACCAGAUAACACAGAGGGCAUGGAUAUUCUUGACAUUGAGUGGGAGAACAGCGGACUUCCACUUGAUGACCAAUCGAGCAUCAUUGUUCCAGACACAGCUUGCCCACUGACCGAUGGACAAAUGACAGCUUUAAGAGAUGUAGUUAACCCAAGAGCUGCAUCCCAGUCCUUUGGCUGCGAUACUUACAUUGCUGCUGUUCAAUUUUGUGAGCAGCUUCUUGGUCUGUGAAAGAACUGAUCAGAAUGACUUAAGUUUUGAGUUGAGAGAGACAAUGAAUAUUUUUUUGCAUAAUCUGAAUUGUAUUAUUGUUAUUGCUUUGGCAAGAAAGAGGAAGGUGCAGCAUAGUAACAUUACAAAAAUGAAACCAGUUCAUUUCACUUUAAACACCUGUAUUAACUGUUCACUUAAUGUAACACAAGGAAAGUUAAGAGCUUUCACCCCUUUAUAGUUCACUUAACUCCUGCUUCAAUGAUAUAUCAGUGCAGUGAUUGUUUACAAGGAACAUGUUAAGCUGCUAAACUUAAGAUAUAUAUGUAUACCAAGUUUUUCUGUGAAAGCUGAGAUUGACAGGUGACCCUAACGGUUACUAUUUUCUCAGUAACACUUAAGUACCCCUAUUUGUUGUGUAUAAUCAGCAUAUAAACAUGAUUUAUUACAGAUGCAGUUAUAAGGACAUUUGAAGUGUUUAAUGUAUUUGUCAACAAUUAUAACUUCUAUAAAGACAUUUUAUAUUAUUA